AGAGAACCCGUCCAGAAGACCUGUACCAUUUUUUUUCUUUUUUAAAUUGAUAUAAUGUCUCAUCCCCGGGUGUCUUAACUCUUGAAUACUUUUUCCAGAAUACCUUCAGCUCCAAUAGAAGAAAAAGGAUAUCAAAAAUAAACAACCAAUGUUAAGGUCAGUGGAUAUCUGCCUGCUUCUGCUCGCAUAAAUGAAUAUUCAUCCCAUGGUGAGUCAUCCGCCUCUGUAUAUCAUCAGACUCAAAUGAAACUUACAUAAAUAAAAGCGUAAAGGAAAUGCAGAAGUGAGCAAUCUGAGGCAGAAAGUCCUCUUCAACAUUUUCAGUUCCAGGUAUCUCUUYUCACAGCUGCACCCAUUUGAGCUGCUGUAUUCAGUUCUGCCACAGCAGCUCAAGGCAGACUCAAGAGAGAAUAUAAUAUGCCAGGGUAUUGUUACCAGGAAGUGGGUCGAGUUAUUUAUAUUUCAGCACCCGUCCUCUGGUUCCCAUGAGAGGACCGUGUUGGUAACCUGAAGCUGAAUAGMCAAACAUUGUCUGGUCCUGGAUGAAUCAAACCAGGUGGAAAAUCAACGAGAGCGACAAGAAUCAAAAGAAAAUGUGUUCAGUAACGAGGAUUUAAAUUAACUCUGCGAAGAGUUUGGCUCAAAGGUCACUUGGCUGUGGGGGCCAUCUUGAAUAAGGUUAACUUCAGAAGUCACCUGGUUUUAAGGGUUUGAACGUUUAUUCAGAAGCUGGAAUGAAGAUUAAUGAGAAGAUUCUGACUCAUUACCUGUCCUGCCCCUCACCAGUAGAUAAAGAGGGAUAUCUCCUCAAGAAGAAGGAGCGAACUGGCACCUUUCAGCGGCGGUGGUUUGUCCUGAAGGCCAACAUGCUCUUCUACCAGGAGCGUCCAGCUGACCGACACCUGCUGGGCGUCAUCGUGCUGGAGGGCUGCGCCGUCCAGCGCUCAGAGUCCGAAGAACCGCUGGCCUUCUCUCUGGUGUUCGGACCUGGGCUCAAAACCUACAGGUUCUUAGCAAGAGAUCACCGGACUCAGGAGGGCUGGGUGAAUGCYCUGUUCUCAGCCCGACACUGUUACAUCUCCCAGCUGGUGAAGGAUCUGGGGAGGAAAUAUGAAGAAGCCAAACAGCAACGAGGCUCCAGUGGCCCCCCCUCCUCUGUGGAUCUCCUCAGUCCAUCCACCAACAGCCUCUUGUCUGCAGAAGAACCAUCUGCAGUCAUCAGAGAAGGGAGAAGCUUCAGUGCCAGUGCGGUUCUACAUUCACCCUCAGCUUCAACCAAGGUGUUGCCUAAAAAGUCCCCCAAACUGUGGCCAAGGAGGAACGCUUACGUCACACCCCUCAACGGACCAGCACCUUUGUACGGCGAAUGGCCUCUGGUGGGGUCCGAUCCACUCGUGGAGUUCAGCAAACUUCACGAUUAUUAUGGUCAAGAAGUGAAGAAAGCGAGGGAGGAGUGGGUGAAGAGUCGACAGACACCAGAUGAAAGCAGUGACAGAGAUCUUAUUGACCUCGGGUGAAAAAAAAGAGACUUUUACUUCAAUCAGGAACUGAACCUGAAGCGCUUCUAUAUAUAAAUCUGAGAGCAGCAAAGAGCAAAUAUGUCACGCCUUUUUACAUUUGCACUAUUCAGAAAAUAACCUCGUUAUUCUUUGUAAUUCAUGCCAGCAAGUCAGUAAGGUGACAUCUUUCCUUCAUAACAAAAACCAGGAAACCUUGACUUAAUGACCAGAUUUACUGAAGCAGUCUUUUUUUUUCAARCUACAAAUAAGUGUUAAGAUGCAGUAUUAACCAAGAGCUAUUUUUUAAAAAAAUGUGAGUAAAUAAAACAAGUUUAUUCAA